CUCUCACUCGGUACACAACUGCAAUGGUCCAGUUUACAACCUUGUUUCUCUUCAUCCUUGGUUUGCUCCCAGAGACUCUGUGCUCUUUAACUUUGGAGGCAGAAACUGGAGAUAAAGUCAGUAUUUGUUGCCAACAUGAGCUAAAACAUUCAGAUAAGAUCUUCUGGUUUAAACACACGAGUGAUUCAGUGCCACUUCUUCUCGGGUGCAAGCAGUUUUAUACAUCAUCUCCAUCAGAAACGUGUUACUUCUUUACUGAGAGUGAGAGAAUAGUGAUGUCUGUUAAUGAGAAGAACACGUCUCUCACCAUCACUGCAGUAAACGUCUCUGAUACAGGACUCUAUUACUGCAGCUACAGGAAACUAGACGUAAUGAUCUUUAGUAACUCGUUCUCUUUACAAGUGAAAGGGGAAAAUAAAACUCUUUUAGAAAUCUCAGAAAAAGAGGAAAAAAAAUCUGUUUCAGAGAACUUAGGCAAAGCAAAAGACUCUCGUGCUGUGCUCUUCACGCUGACUCUGGGGUUUGGUGCAGUGAGUGUGAUUCUUCUUAUUGUCCUGAUCUUCAUUAUACUGAAGCACAGAAAAACUCACAGAGGUGAUAUCACUGAUAAACAAGAUAAUGAGGAAAAGGAGCCUGAAUCAACUAACUACGCAGGUCUACAGUUCACUAACAAGAAAACCAAAAGCACAGGGAGAGAUGGAGAAAUUGUAGAUUUAAAUAUUUUAUAUUCUGUUAUACAACAAUAAUUUUGCCCUUAUUAAUGUUGAGGAACAUGUUUAUAUAACAUCGUAUAUAAUUUAUUGUUUAUUAAUGGUAAUCAGUGUUGGAAGCAGAGGGUUUUGGUUUACUGGUUUUUAUUACAGUAGAAAAAAAAACACUGGUUUUCACUUUUAUUAUUUAUUUUAUUUUAAUG